AUGACUACUGACACUGUAGUUGAUCAUAAUCAAUUGGCCAUUGUUCCGUACCGUCAAUUGGCCAUCGUUCCUUAUCGCGGCGGUCGGAGUAUCUUUUCCGUCGAUGAUAACCACUUUAACGAUGAUCUACGCGCCAAGGCAGAAGUAGGGAUUGCAACUUUUGCCGCCGUGCCAAAGGCUGAAGAUUCGCUCUGCUCGAAUAUAAAGGACAAGUUUGCUGGAGACGAAGUUCCAUACACAAGGAGACCAAAGGGUACCACAACUCUUGCUUUCAUUUGCAAGGAUGGUGUUAUGGUAGCUAUAUGCUAG